UGCCCCUCCCCGGGGCCUUACCCGCUAUCCCCCCCUGGUCUGGAGGUCAGGCAGUGGGGAGGCACCUUACGCGGCCGGCCGCAGACAGAGCGAGGCGCGUGCACAGCCCCGGACUGGAUCCUGCGCGUGGCCGGGGAGACGAGGGCGGACGCUCCGCUGUUUUGGGGUCCUCAGAGCGCGGCGCAGGAAUCACUUCAUUAUGAGAAAUCUAAAGCUACUUCAGACCCUGGAGUUUAGGGAUAUUCAUGCUCUGGGGAAACCUCAGUGCUUCUGUCUCAGAACUGAACAGGGGACAGUGGUCAUUGGCUCAGAACAUGGUCUGGUAGAAGUAGAUCCUGUCACAAGAGAAGUGAAAAAUGAGAUUCCUUUAGCAGCAGAAGGCUUUCUCCCAGAGGAUGGAAGUGGCUGUAUUGUUGGUAUUCAGGAUUUGCUGGAUCAGGAGUCUGUGUGUGUGGCCACCGCCUCCGGAGAUGUCAUACUCUGCAAUCUCAGCACACACCAGCUGGAAUGUGUUGGGAGCGUUGCUAGCGGUAUCUCUGUCAUGAGUUGGAGUCCUGACCAGGAGCUAGUGCUGCUUGCUACAGGUCAACAGUCCCUAAUUAUGAUGACAAAAGACUUUGAACCAAUCAUGGAACAGCAAAUUCACCAGGAUGAUUUUGGUGAAAGUAAGUUUAUCACUGUUGGAUGGGGCCGGAAGGAGACACAGUUCCAUGGAUCAGAGGGCAGGCAAGCGGCCUUUCAAGUGCAAAUGCUCGAGUCUGCUUUGCCCUGGGAUGACCACAAAGCACAAGUUACCUGGCGUGGUGAUGGACAGUUUUUUGCUGUGAGUGUUGUUUGCCCAGAGACAGGGGCCCGGAAGGUCAGAGUUUGGAAUCGAGAGUUUGCUCUACAGUCAACCAGUGAGCCUGUGGCAGGACUGGGCCCGGCUCUGGCUUGGAAGCCCUCAGGUAGUUUGAUUGCAUCUACUCAAGAUAAACCCAACCAGCAGGAUGUUGUUUUUUUUGAGAAAAAUGGACUUCUCCAUGGACAAUUUACACUUCCUUUCCUCAAAGAUGAAGUUAAGGUCAAUGACCUGCUGUGGAAUGCAGAUUCCACUGUGCUUGCCGUGUGGGCAGAAGAACUUCAGAAGGAAGAAAAUUCCACUCGAAAAUCCUAUGUUCAGCUCUGGACUGUUGGAAACUAUCACUGGUACCUCAAACAAAGUCUGCCCUUCAACACCUGUGGGAAGAGCAAGAUCGUGUCUCUGAUGUGGGACCCAGUGACGCCACAUCGGCUACAUGUUCUCUGUCAGGGCUGGCAUUACCUUUGCUAUGACUGGCACUGGACCACUGACCGGAGCUCAGGAGAAAAUUCCAGUGACAUGGCCAACGUGGCUGUUAUUGAUGGAAACAGGGUGUUGGUGACAGUCUUCCGGCAGGCUGUGGUCCCCCCUCCCAUGAGCUCCUACCGACUGCUGCUCCCGCAUCCUGUUAAUCAAGUCAUGUUCUCUGCACACCCUGAAAAGAGUAAUGACCUUGCUGUCCUAGAUGCCAGUAACCAGAUUUCUGUUUAUAAAUGUGGUGACUCUCCAAGUGUGGAUCCUACAGUGAAACUGGGAGCUGUGGGUGGAAAUUCAUUUAAAGUCUCCCUCAGAAUGCCUCAUCUGGAAAAGAGAUACAGGAUUCAGUAUGAGAAUGGUGAAGAUCAAGAAGUAAACCCCUUGAAGUUUGGCCUCCUCACCUGGAUCCAAGAAGAUAUCUUCCUGGCUGUAAGCCACAGUCAGUCCGGCCCACAGUCUGUCAUUCACCAUCUAACUGUGGCCUCUUCUGAAAUAGAGGAUGAGCAAGGACAGCUCAAUAUUAGUUCAUCUGUGACAGUGGAUGGAAUCAUAAUCAGUCUGUGUUACAAUUCCAAGAACAAGUCAGUAGCAUUGCAACUGGUUGAUGGCAAGAUACUCAAGUAUCUUUGGGAACCAUCAUCUAUGACUAUCGAACCAUGGAAGAAUUCUGCUGGAUUUCCUGUUCGAUUUCCUUAUCCAUGCACACAGACUGAUUUGGCCAUGAUUGGAAGAGAGGAAUGUGUCCUUGGUCUGUCUGACAGGUGUCGCUUUUUCAUCAAUGACACUGAGAUUGCUUCAAAUAUCACAUCAUUUGCGGUAUAUGAUGAGUUUUUAUUGUUGACGACGCAUUCCCAUACCUGCCAGUGUUUCUGCCUGAGAGAUGCUUCAUUUAAAACAUUACAGGCCAGUCUGAGCAGCAGCCACGCAUCUCAAGGGGAAACUCUGCGGAAGGUGGAGAGGGGUUCACGCAUUGUUACCGUGGUGCCCCAGGACACCAAGCUGAUUCUACAGAUGCCAAGAGGAAACUUAGAAGUUGUUCAUCAUCGAGCUCUGGUUUUAGCUCAGAUUCGGAAGUGGUUGGACAAACUUAUGUUUAAAGAAGCAUUUGAGUGCAUGAGAAAACUAAGAAUUAAUCUCAAUCUGAUUCAUGAUCAUAACCCUAAGAUGUUUCUUGAAAAUGUGGAAACCUUCAUAAGACAGAUAGAUUCUGUAAAUCAUAUCAAUUUGUUUUUCACAGAAUUGAAGGAGGAGGAUGUCACAAAGACCAUGUACCCUCCACUCGUCACCAGUGCUGUCCAGAUGUCCAAAGAUUCUGAAGGGAAAAAGGUGGACCUUGUCUGUGAUGCCAUGAGAGCAGCCAUGGAGAACAUAAAUCCUCACAAGUACUGCCUAUCAAUACUCACCUCUCAUGUGAAGAAAACAACCCCAGAACUGGAAAUUGUGCUGCAGAAGGUCCAUGAGCUUCAAGGAAAUGCACCAUCUGUUCCUGAUGCUGUGAGUGCUGAAGAGGCCUUGAAGUAUUUGCUGCUUCUGGUAGAUGUUAAUGAAUUAUAUGAUCAUUCUCUUGGGACCUAUGACUUUGAUUUGGUACUCAUGGUGGCGGAGAAGUCACAGAAGGAUCCCAAAGAAUAUCUUCCAUUUCUUAAUACACUUAAGAAAAUGGAAAGUAAUUAUCAAAGGUUCACCAUAGACAAGUACUUGAAACGGUAUGAAAAAGCCAUUGGCCACCUCAGCAAAUGUGGACCUGAAUACUUCUCAGAAUGCUUAAACUUAAUAAAGGAUAAAAACUUGUAUAACGAAGCUCUGAAGUUGUAUGUGCCAAGCUCGCAGCAAUACAAGGAUGUCAGCAUCGCUUACGGGGAACACUUGCUGCAGGAGCACCGCUAUGAGCCCGCAGGGCUUGUGUUUGCUCGCUGUGGUGCCCAUGAGAAAGCCCUUGAUGCCUUUUUGGCAUGUGGCAGCUGGCAGCAAGCUCUCUGCGUGGCAUCCCAACUUAAUUUAAACAAAGACCAGCUGGCUGGCCUCAGCAGAACUCUCGCAGGAAAGCUGGUUGAGCAGAGGAAGCACCAGGAGGCAGCCACAGUUCUGGAACAGUAUGCCCAGGAUUAUGAAGAAGCUGUGCUCUUGCUGUUAGAAGGAGCUGCUUGGGAAGAAGCUCUGAGACUGGUACACAAGUACAAUAGACUGGAUAUUAUAGAGACCAAUAUAAAGCCUUCCGUUUUAGAAGCCCAGAAGAAUUAUAUGGUGUUUCUGGACUCUCAGACAGCUGUAUUCAGUCGUCAUAAAAAACGUUUAUCAGUAGUUCGAGAGCUCAAGCAGCAAGCACAGCAGAAUCUGGAUGAUGAGGUUCCCCAUUGUCAGGAAUCAGACCUCUUCUCUGAAACGAGCAGUGUCAUGAGUGGCAGUGACAUGAGUGGCAAAUAUUCCCAUAGUAACUCCAGGAUAUCAGCGCGAUCAUCGAAGAAUCGCCGCAAAGCAGAGCGGAAGAAGCACAGCCUCAAAGAAGGGAGUCCACUGGAGGAUUUGGCCCUUUUGGAGGCAUUGAAUGAAGUGGUACAAGGCAUUGAGAAAUUGAAAGAUGAAAUAUGCCAACUUUUAAAGAUGCUCUUUCUCUUUGAGUUUGAUGAGCAAGGAAGGGAAUUACAGAAGACCUUUGAAGAUACUUUACAGCUAAUAGAAAGGUCACUUCCAGAAAUUUGGACUCCAAACCACCUGCAGAGUUCAGCUACACCUGUUCUAGGCCCCACUUCUACUGCAAAUAGUAUCACGGCCGCAUACCAACACCAGAAGACUGUGGUUCCUGUUCUUGAUACUGAUCUCUUUCUACCGCCAAAGAUCAACAAAAGAACCCAAUGGAAACUGAGCCUUCUAGAGUGACUGUGACGGAAGUUCAGAGUGCUCCAGCAGGGAAGACUGGUUUCCUUCCACUCGGAAAUCCUCAAGGCCUGGCUGUUGAGAACUGGGAGGUUUAAGCUAAUGAGCUACCUUAACAUUUUGGAGAGUUAUUCUCUACACCAGACUUGAGUGGACACCGAGCAGUUCUGUUUUAUUUUGCAUAUAAUCUUAAUUAUAAGCAAAAUAAGUUUUAACCAGUGCAGCAUCAUUUUGUAUAGCUGUUCUUUUAGUAAAUGCUGUUUGAGAGCCUAUCUUUGGUAUUUAUGGUCAUCAGGAGGUUGGUUUUCAUUCCCAGCUACAGGUCUGAUUCAAAUUUGGGCCUGGGUAAGUUACAUAUUGAUUUGUGCCUCAGUUAAUUGGGAAUAAUGUUUCAGAAUUUCUACCUCAGAAGUGUGAAGCAAAGUAAAAUAAUGUUUUCAAAUUGUGUUAUGAUCCUGGAGGAGAUAUAUAUAUAUAUAUAAACGAUAUGAUUAUAAUGCUACCAAUAUUUGGUCACAUUUAAUCAUUUAAAUUACUUCUUCACCUUGAAGUAAAGCUCAGUAAAAAGCUGAAAAUAAUCCUUUGAAUCUCUAAGCUUUCCUAUGCUGAUAGCUGUUAUUUUAUAAUUGCUUCCAGUUGUAACUGAAUUGAGUCUCCCAUUGCUCUAGUGUUUUACUGCCUGUAAAUUUUCUGCUAGAGUUAGCAGCGUUGGAGCUGGAAGAGAUUAGAAUUUCUGGAACACUAUAAUGCACAUUUGGUAUGGUGAGUUUUGUGCAUCAUACAGAAUGCAGUUAUUCAUUUUUUUUCCUUCAAAUAUUACUUCUUUUAACUAAAAUGUUUUUGUCUAAGUCUAGGCCAUUUCAUUUUUUUUUUUUUAAUGGUGCUUAACUGACCUCUGUCUUUCACUUAUUUUCUUUGGAAGAAAUGAGAGUGUUUUCUCUUUUUGUUGAGUCUAGAAAAACUUCCGUUUAUUCUGACAGCAGCUUCAUGGCUAUUUCUUGGGCAAGGUUAACAAUUUCUUUCAUGCUUUUAAUACCAGAAUCAGACUCUAAUUACUGUAUGUGAACCAGCAGGAAAUGCUGCUUUUUGAUCUGAAAGUGUUGAUAGACCUGGAAUUAGAAUUUAACACAUAUUUUCCUGUCAUGGAAAAUAUGCUCCAAACAUUAUUUGUAGGUUCUAGGUAUUUUCCUUAUCUAAUUCACUUUCCUAUAUGUCUGAAAAUUGUGACCAAAUAUUAGAAUAAGAAGAUCUUUCCUGCUCUGGAAACAUCUAUUUUUUGACUCAUAGUCAUAAUGGAUUUGCUACUGUUGUGCCAACCAGUGAUAGGCUGACAGUGUUUUGUGGCUCCUUUUGGGCAUGGCUAAAUGGGCAUGGUGACUUGUGUGAUAUUCUAAUAUAUCGUCUGCAGUGAUUUACAGUAUAGGGACCCAUGCUGAUGGUGUGGGAAUAGACGUAAAUGUGUCUGUUGAUAAUAGUAUAACUUUUUAUGAAUUUUCAGUUCCCAUAAAAUAAUGUAUUGAGGCAGCAAGAAAGAAUUGACGUGAAUACAAAUUAUUAUCAAUUACUGUGUCUCUCGUCUGAGCAAGAUGGAAUUGUAUUUAUUUAUAGAAGCAGAUGAAAGCAGACCUUCGGAAAGGAAGACAAAGUCAAGGAAAAAUUUAUGGGGGAAACUAUAGUGCUUGGAGAAAAAAAACUCCUGGGUGUGAUGAAUGCUUGAUUUGGAGGAAAGUUUCUGUCAGGUUCUAGAAAAGAGUAUAUAUAAUUCUUCCCCCAAAUUUGAACUCUGUCCCAAAGCAAGUUCGUACUGAAAUAAGCUAAGGGCCUCAGUUGUUUUGUUGUUUCUAUUGAAUCAGUUUUGCUCAUAUGCUUCAGACAUCAAGAGAGAACUUACAGAGAACUGUCUCCAAUGAUCAAUUUAAGUAGUCUCCUACAGCAUUUUAAAUUUAGACUUUUUAAAAAUGGAGAUAGAUAGGAGCUGAUGUUUUUAUUAUGUAUAUGAGUAUAGCUUGAUAUAAUUUUAAGCACUGCUCUCUAUAUAUUUUAUAAUAAAAAUUUUUCCCAUAUAUUUAUGAAAGUCCCUUAAAUGUGUGUGUACAUUUAAAGGAGUUUCAUAGCCAUACUUAAAGGGGUCAUUUUUCAAAAUAAAAAUGUAACUCUUAAUAAUUUAAGUUGACUGCAAGUUUAGGAUGCAAAAUUAGCUGGCCCAUAAACCUUCAUGCUUCACUUAAAACACCACAUGGACAGGCCCUUGGAAGUCUUUGUUUGUCCUUCCUUAUCUGUCAUAUUUACUAGUGGCUGGGGUGAGGUUGAACAUCUUAGAAGCUAUUUAACUAUGAACACCUAAAAUGCUGUAGUCAAUCCAGAGCUGAUAAGCGACACUGGGGGCCUACUCUGGAUUCCUCAAGACUGACAGAUGCCCUCCUGGUAGACCACAAAGAGCGGGGCCAUCAGUUCAUCUCUCUCAGUGUCCUUGGACAAAGUCACAAUCUUACUUAAUCUUGCUUUCUAUCAAUCCUCUGUACUCAUUGGCCUGAGUUGGGUUUCUCAGCCUUGGCACUUUUGAUAUUUUGGACCUUAUCCUUCUUUGUUGUAGGGUGUCCUGUGCAUUGUUAAGAUGUUCAAGAACAUUCCUGUCCUCAACCAACUAGAUUCUAAUACUACUUACUUCAAGUAGUAACAACCAAAAACAUCUUUAGAUAUUGCCAAAUAUCCCCUUGGGGUCACUGGGCUAAGAUGACUUCUAAAUACUUGCUAAAACUUUUCAUCUUUUUUUGUGAGGAUUCUCCUUUUCUACAAAGGUGACUGAAUGCUAAGGAUCAGGUGAGAGAAUUUCUAAGUGUUUCAAAAAAGAAUAUACAGUUGUUCAGCCUUACAUUGGCAUUUUUCUUUAAAAAUAAAGUGCAACAUUCAGGCCUAAGAUAACCUGUGAGUCCCGUCUUCCAGAACCACUUCCCACACCUCUUCAUGAAGUGGCUCACAUUUUGGGGGGAUUCUUGACUUGGGUUCCUUGGUCUUCAACAGAUCCAAAGAUAGUAUAUUAUUUAUGUAUGACUGAUGUCCUCUGUAAUCCUUAUUUUAUGCAAUGAUCUGAGUCCUUAGCCUUUACCAGCCUGACAGAGAGGUCCUGAGGGUAAAGAACUAACCAGACUUCAAGUUGCCUAGUAGUGAGUGUUCUAUUGACAACACAGUAGAGUUGGCAGUAGAGCAGUUGGGCAGAAACUAAGGUGUACAAUGUCCCAAUUCCUACCUGAUCCGUAAUACUGCAGGGUAAGGCUUAGUCAUCCUUGCGGAACUGUGGGGUCUCCAGAUGCCAUCCAGUGACUGUAUUUGCUUCCCUACCCCAGCUUGCCACCACCUGUAUUUACUCACCAGGCCUAGAUCCAGGGUCAGGCAUUUAGGCCUUUUAAGGCUGGGCAGGCAAACUUCACGCUGUGACUCUGUAGGGCUUCUCCCUGGGGAUGGUAGAUGGCAUCUCUCCUUUAAAUGCUUGAAUGUGUGCCUUUGGCUAAGGGAGGUAGUGAUAUUUUGGAGUUCUAAGGGGUACACAGCUGCAAAUGAAUUUUAGAUAGCUCUUGUGAUUUCCUUCUGCAUGCCAGAUACUGAUAUUUAGGUGUUUGCCUCUGCUUUUUAGAUCAGCUGUGUGAGGUAGACUGUGAAUUCAGUUUUAUAGGUAAGCAGACUCAGGUCACACAGCUAGAUUAGGUGGAAGCAAAAUAGGAUUUCAAACCAGUGUUGGUUCCACUGUUUCAUGCGGUCUGCCUGUGUUGUUCAGAUGCUGAGUCUUAGAAACAGGCACAAGGGGUCUUGGGGACUGUUGUUAAAAAAGCCUGUGCUCCAUUUACAAACUGGCCUCAUGGAAAUACCUUAGAACAUGCUGGGCCUUGCAAGGGCUUCCAUAGUCACGAGAGUUUGUAUGUUCCUUCAGGCUACUCCGUUGGGUAAUGACCCAUAUUGGGAAGCCUCCUCCAAACUCACACCACCCCAGUACUGGCAGUCUCCAUUCUGAGCCUAUCCUAAACUCUAGCUAUGUAUCCUACCGGUUGAUGGAAAAUCCAUCCUGGUGGAUGAAUAGCUGCUGCUUGGAGUGUCUUGAGAAUGACGGUGGCUCACAUCCUUCUGACCUCAGUGCUGAUAAUCAAGAUAAACCUGGCCUCAGUUUUUAAACAGGGAAAAUGUGGAUAAUGUGCAUUCUCUCGAGAGCUGCUCCCUUAAGACAUGUAUAUAAACCUUGCCCACUUUCAGCACAGUCAUCAUGAUGGCUUGAGAAGAACUGGCUUGGAGACGUAAGAGUGGGAACUAAAAGAAUAGUUAAAACAGGGCUAAGGUAUCUUUGCCAGCCCCUUCCAGGCUUUCAGGGUUGCUGAAGAAUGAAUUGGACCCUGCUGCUGUAGGAGGUUGACCAUCACUGUGUUUCCUGUGGUUAUUUGUCUUACCCGCCCAACAGCAUUUUCUCUACAAUCUCAACACACUCUCUCUUUCAAAAAGAUUUUAACAGCAUUUUAACUUCAUUCUUGAAGUGGGGACUACACAAAAUAAGUGGCAGAAUUAUUUUGGGGCUAAUGUCUCCCAAGAAAGUUUAAACUGUCAACUUGUAAUAUGUCUUCUUUGUCCCUUGUCUCCAGCUCCCCACCCCUGUUUGGUGAGUAUAUAUUUUAAGACAGAUGCUGCAUGUAGGAAAGUGUUCUCAUUAAGUCAGGAAAUAAAUGCACUGUGGAAGGGAACAUGAAGCUUGUUUAAUACUAUAGCAUGAAUAUGCUGGCUCAGCUCCCCCUGUGUGGGACCUGUGCUCACCCGACAAAUUGGCGCACAGCAACACGGCAGCCAUGCUUGGCCAGAGUUCAGAAGCACCUCCUGUAGAGGAAGAAAGGCCCAUGUUCUUCGUACUCAUAGCGAUGGACCCACAGUGGUUGGAAGCCCUGAAGCGAUGCCAGGAUGGAGCCCCCCGUCCACACUGCAGUGUCUCUUUCGGGCAACACGUUUAUGUGGGGGGUGUCAUUGGGACACAUGUUGCUGAGCUCCUUCUGCAGACGGUUGGGGAAACCACUGAGCAUCGUGCUCCCCCCACAGAGCAGGAUGUUUCCCAUGAGGUCCCGCUUGAGGGCGAUGUCGCACUUGUUAAGACAGGACACCGUCUGGGUGUGGAGGCCCAGCUGCAUGGACUUGAUCAGAGAGGGCUUGAAGAACAUCUCUGCGCAGAGGAACCUUUCCUCGCACAGGUAGAUCUCCUGCCCAUCUGGCAGCUUAUACUGCAUCGUAUGCUCAGCAGGUGGGACUUUCUUCUCUUCAAUGGGGUCAAGGGCCACAAAGCAGCAUUUCCUCUUGAUGUCCUCCACAAUGCCAGUCUGGUCCUCCGUGAAGUGUUUCCCCAAAUUGUUCAUCAGACUCAUCAAGUAAGCUGUCAGGUCAGAGCCUGCAUAGUCCAGCCGCCCGGUGAUGCUGGGCAGAGGAUAACCCUCGUAGAUGGGAACCACGUAGGACACGCCGUGGCCAACCUCCACCACCAGGCCGGAGGUCUUCCCAUAGGAGUACAUGGACAGGCGGGACUGGUAGGCAAUGUGCAUGGCUGGGGUGUUGAAGGUCUCGAACAGCAUUUCGGCGUAUUUCUCUCUGUUGGUGUGUGGGCUCAGGGGCGGGUCUGAAACCAAGACGGCAUGAUCCUCCGGAUUGAUCUUCAUUUCCUUAUGGAAGAGAUACUCCCAGAUAUCCUGCACUGUGUCCCAGUCCACAAUGAUGCCGUGUCGCAGAGGGUUGAUGAGCUUGAGGCGAAUGCCUGGAUUGAUGAGCUCCUGCCCCACGUAUGUCUCCUUGCGGUUGUCCCCGGUUUUGGCUGUCUCCAUGAAAGGCUUGCCCACUGUCGUUGAGAUCAUGUGGGUGGGUCUUGGGAGCCCAGCAAAGCCACAUUUACAGUAGCCAGUGCCAAGGUCCACGACCACUGCCUUGGUCACCUCUAACUUGGACCUCUCCCUGGCCUCUGUUGCCUUGCCCACUUCUGGCGGCCCUGAAUUGCUACGGCUGACCCGCACUGCCCGCUUGGCCGGGCCAUCCUUUAAGGAGGCGGUCUGGAGGACCUGUGUCUGGGAGGCGGUCUGUUCACUCACUCUCUUGGCAGGGCCAUCCCCGAAGACUGCUGCCUGUGGUGCCCACAUGCUAUCAAGUGCCAUCUUGCUCUCAGAAAGUUUCUCAAUCCCACUGGCCUCAAGGCCUGAAAGGCUUAAGUCAG